GCAAAUAUAAUAGCUACGAGUUCCGCCUCUUUGAUAUCUACGUUUCAUGAUUCAGUCGAUUAAAUACUGCCGAUAUAGCAAAAAGAAGAACUGCAGAUAAGUCAGAUUUAUGAUAUCAAUUAAACAUAGCAGCAGCCUUUUUGGCCAAAGUGCAUGCGAAGUAGUUGUGCUCUUUAUAACAGAUGACUUGAAGUCUUCAUUGCAAACAUAUUACGUUAUUAUUUUAAAAAUAAUAGUUAAUAUAAUAAUUGGUGCCUUUCAUCUACAAUCUCCAACAUGUUUGAAAAUAUAAAUAAAGAGUUGCUACCAAUCAAAGCACAUUAUUUCCUAUUUAAUGCAGCUACUGGACCAAUAGUGCCAUUUUUACCAACAAUAGCAAAACAGAUAGGUUUUUCAGGGUUAUUAGUAGGCACAAUAUAUACAAUAUUACCAGUUUCUGGUUUAAUAGCAAAACCUUUAUUCGGAGGAUUAGCUGACAAAUUUAAAAUACACAAACUAUUAUUUUUAUUAUUUCAAGUUGUAGUCGCUGUAGCUAUGUUCACAAUACUUUUUAUCCCAAAAAUGGAUAGGACCGCAGUUGUUACUCUUAACUGUGAUGGUGAAGCAUCUUUGGAAAUAUGUUCAAAAAAUGGGUUUUCUACUAAUGUAAUAAGUAACGUGAUAUCGAAGACUGUGCAUAGAAAUUCCUCAUGUCAGGUAUCUUGUAAAGCCACAGAAGAAAUUUAUACACAAAUGUGUUUACAUUGGCAAGCAUUAAAGUUUUGUAAUAUUACAAAUUCAAGCAUUUCUGAUACUGACAGAUUUGAUUUUACUGUAGAAUUUGACAUCUUUCAUGAUUUGAAUUUAGAUAAAUGUGUAUAUAUCCAUCACUUUAUGGCCAAGUUCCCGAAUAAUGAAUUGCAUAAGCCAGCUUGUACAAAAUAUACAAAAACACUGUGCACUGCCACGUGUCAUGAUAAUCCAGCAUUCAAUCAAUUGUUGGAAGAAGCUGAAGUUGUAGAGAAUACUACACAGUUUCAGUUAUUUUUAUCAGCAUCUGUAAUAAGUUGGGUCGGAAUGGCAGUUGUAGUUAGCAUAGCAGAUGCUAUAUGUUUUAAUCUCCUUGGAAACGAGAGACGAAAGGAAUAUGGAAAACAAAAAAUGUGGGGUAGUAUCGGAUUCGGUAUUUUUGGAAUAAGUGCAGGAUAUUUAGUAGACGUUUUCAGUAAAGGACAGUCUGAGAAAGAUUAUAGUUGUAUAUUUUAUAUUAUGUUGAUCGUCAUGAUUUUUGAUAUUAUCGUAUCGGCAACUUUAAGAAAGAAAAAUCCUGAAAACUCUGAAGAUGAUCCAUCAAUAUUGGGAGAAAUAGCCACCAUCUUUAAAGACGGUAAUGUGUUGGCAUUUGGAUGGUGGUGCAUAGGUGCUGGAAUGUGUACUGGUGUAAUAUGGAACUUUCUAUUCUGGUACACCGAAGACUUAGCGACUAGCGCUCAAUUUACGUGGCUUAAAACUUUACAAGGCCUUUUGACUGGUAUACAGUGUUUUAUAGGAGAACUACCAUUUAAUUUUAUCUCAGGAAAUGUAUUACGAAAAUUGGGCCAUGUAAAUGUUAUGAGUUUAGUUUUAUUAGUUUAUGCGAUUAGAUUUAUGGCAUAUAGUACUAUAUCAAAUCCAUGGUGGUUUUUAAUUAUUGAAGUCCUUCAUGGGCCAUCGUUAGGUCUUUGCUGGCCAACAAUGGUAUCUUAUGGUGAUAAAGUAACACCACCUGGUACUAAAGCUACAAUACAAGGGUUCAUUGGUGCUGUGUUUGAAGGAAUUGGGGUGUCAAGCGGCAGCUUAAUAUGCGGAUGGUUAAUGGAUUCAUAUGGAGGUAUUACAACAUUGAGGGUAUUUUCAGUAGGUGCACUACUGUGGUUAGCUUGCUUUUGGUUUAUUCAGUUGUUGGUGCGAAAACUUAAAGUACCGCCGUUACAUUUGGGUCAUAAUCAUUUGGUGAAUUAUGCCAAUCCAGACGAUGCAAUUCUUUUGACAAUGAAUCGUGAAUUGCAUACGUAUUAAUAAGAAUAAUUUCAUAUACCUGUAGCCGAUUUACUCAAAUGUGGCUAUUUUAAUUGAACAUAAUAUAGUGUAUUUUUUGUAUAACCAUAUUCGUGAUUCAUUUUUACAGCAUUCUCUGUACAAUAGAACUCCGUUUAUCCGAACAUGUCAGGGGAUAGGAUAGUUCGGAUAAUACGAGCUUACUAGUUUUAUUAGUACUUAUUUAGUUCCGAUAGUAAGAGUUCACGUUAAAUACAUCGAAGUCUGUACGUUUUAUUGACGUUGAUAUAUGCUUUGAAGUCGAUGGUAUUUUAUAUUAUGUUCAACUAUUUCUUCAAGUUGCACAUAUAAUUUAUUGUGAACACAAGAAAAGUUUGUAUACUUACAUUCCUCAUAUCAGUAGGCAUUCAUAUAAACCGGAACUUCGCUGGAUCGUAGUUCGGAUAAAAACAAUAUGCAUAGAGUUCAGAUAAACGGAAUUCUAUUGUAACGUUAUUUUAUAAAUAAAUGUUGAUUAUUCAGUAUUAUGUAGCAGAUGUAACACAUAGUAUUCAAUAAUAUAUUGAUAUUUUGAAGUGAAA